AUGAGCUUUGAAUUCUUGAUGAAGCAUCAGGUCACUCCACAGACCCACCAACUCUCAUGCCUGGUGGGGGAGCCAGGGUCAGUGCUUGCUGAUCAAGUUGAUGGCAAUGCUUUUUUGGUUUUGGCCAAAACCACAAGUGGCUUUACAGCUUGGGUUUUGGAAAUCUAUUCUGAGGUAAGUGAAACUAACCCAGAAGUUGAGGAUUUCUUUUUCAAGGUUGUAGACCAAAAAUCUGCUUUGCAGCUCAGGCACAUCACUUCUUUGGAUGGCUAUUUGGAAGUCCCUGUGGAGCCAGUCUUGGAACAUGAGAAUGGUGCCUUGGUCCUCAAGAAAAUUAGUGAGCCAGUGCCUUUGCCAAAAGCUAGGGUGCAACAGGGGCUGGACCUUACUGUCAAGGACACUAAAGCAGUUUUGGCAGCCUAUGGCAUCACUUUGCCAGGUGCACCUUCUAAAGAAAGUCUCUACCUAAAACUAAUGGAGAUCUUUGCUGGCAGCGAAGCUGAGAAGGCAGAGUUUCUAGCCAGGUCCAGCCUGCAGUCUAAAGAAGAUGAGGAUGGUGCUUCAGAUUUUGAAGAUCUCUUGGACUUGAUAGAAGAGGAUCUUGAAAAUAGGAAUGAUCCUGAUGUCAAACAGGAGAAGGCCAAGGUGAAGAGAAAAAAGAUGCAGAAUCCUAAAGGCCUCAUCACUUUGGAACCUCCUACAAGAGGUUCAGAUGUGCCAACUGAAGAGGAAAUCAGAGCAACCUUCUCUGAACCCACCAGCCAAAUACUAAAGCCCCCUAGCCAGCCUGCCAGCCAGACAUCAGAAUCUUCUAAAGCUAAAGGGCCACUAGAACCCUCCAAAGAGCCAAUCGAAGCACCAUCCAAAGAGCCACUGGAAGCAGUUGCAGAACCACUGGAAGGAGAAAAAGAGCCACUGGAAGGAGCUAUAGAGCCAUUGCAAGCAUUUAAAGAGCCAGUAUCACCCUCCAGUAAUGCAUCAGCAGACUUUGACAUGGAAGCAUUUCUAGCUACUCCCAAAAAGGGAGAGGUGAAGCCUGAGGACAACUUUGAGAUGGAGAAGCCCAGCCAUGCAGAGCCAAGUGCAAGUGCUGUGCAACCUAUUUCUACUGCUGUUUCAAGCAAACCUUCACCAGAUUCCUUGCAAGUUGUAGCAGAGCCUUUGCCACCAGACUCCAUUCCAAGUGAAAGCCUUGUGCCUCCAGAGCCUGUGCAUGUUGAUGCAUUGGGGGGAGGGGCCAGUAGCAGUAACAGUGGCCCAGCACCAGCUGCAGCUGCUCAGCCUGAAGCUUCCCAGCCUUUAGAUUACCAAGCCCCUGAUUACUUGCCCCUCAUGGUUUUUAGGAAGCGUUUCUGGUUCGAUCGGACGUGUGUCAACCAGGAAGAUCCUCAGUUAAAGGCGCGGACACUGCAAGCUCUCCCUCUCUUCGUGGCGCAUUCCAAUGAGAUGCUGGUCUUGUGGGAUCCCUCCUAUCUGGAAAGGCUUUGGUGCAACUACGAACUGGCCGUCUUUGCCAAAAGCUCCGGGGACGCGGCCGUGGCGGCCGUGAAGUUCGUGCCUGUGUGGCUCCCGAUCUGGACCUUGUCUGCCAUUGCCAUGGAUAUUGUGAGUUCCUUUCUGAUUGACUUAGUUGGCACCUCGACUCCGCCUCCGGCCUUCGACAAAAACUCCGACGUCCAGCUCUUUUUGGCGACCUUUGUGUUUUGGUGUCCGCCGUGUUUAGCUUAUUUGUUCCCAUCCAUUUUGAGUUUCCUGGUGCAUUUUCGAAAGCUGAAGCACCACGGCCAUCUACUUGACAAGAUGGCGACCUUUGACUUUCGAUCGGCGCAAUGCAAAUUGGAGGGCGACCGAACAGUGAUUCGACAACAGGUUUUAAGACUCUUCGAAACCGAACAGAGACCAAUCGAUGAAAAGAUGUCAAAUGUUUCACCGCCAGACAUCCACAAGGAGGACGAGAUCAUCGACCGCUUCAAUGCCUACGUCCGCGGCCCGCUGCACGAUUCGCUCAUGUGCUCCAUGGGGCGAGAAACAGAUAUUUCCUGGAAGCUGUGUGCGGUGUCGUUCCUACCGUUGAUGUUCAAUUCGAUGGUGAGCAUCUUAGGCUGCGACGGAUUCGAAUGUGAGAUCUCGGCCAGGCAGCAAGGCUAUGCCUCGGUCCAGCAAUACAUGGGGAUGAACGCGGCAAUGUGGGCGAUGGCUUGUUUGUUGUGUUAUCCCUCGGUGCACCCGUUGACACUGCGAGUGCUGCACAUCAUCACUACUGGAAUUGAAACGCCCUCCUUGCAGAUGUUUCUGGGUGCCGUUUGUGCUUUGCUGGUCUAUGUCUACGUUUUUUUCAGCACUUCUGCCAUCCUCUCCUUGUUGGUAGUCAGCGUCACCACGUUUUCCCUUCCGUGGUUCGCAGGCUUCGUCGUAUGCUUUACUCUGCUGUUGCUACAGACUUGGACGCUCUUCCGUCACCACGGCUGUGAUCGCUGAGAAAUGCGAAAAUGCGAAGGAGUACAGCCGUGGGUGUGUCUGAAAAUGGAUACCCAUUUGGAGGUUUCCAUCGUCAUGGGGAUGGGGAUAUCCCUAUGACUAGGAAACCUCCAUUCAAUGGCCAUUUGAAUGGUGAUGAUAAUUUGAUAAUCCAUUGCAAAUUGGAGGAGCCUACAGAGCCAUGUUGCCAUUGU